AUGAAGUUAAGUGUGAAAAGAGUUGAGAUUUUGAAUGGAGAUGUUGGGGAUGAAACGGGAGUUUAUAAAAACCUCUUACAGGAGAUUGCACAAAGAGUUGGAUCUCCUUUGCCUCAGUACACAACUUAUAAAUCCGGUUCAGGACACCUACCUGUCUUUACAGGAACAGUUCAACUGGCUGGAAUCACAUUUACGGGAGAACCUGCAAAGAACAAGAAGCAAGCUGAGAAAAACGCUGCACUCGCAGCUUGGUUAUCAUUGAAACAAUUGGCACGGCAAGAUGCUAAUUCUUCGCUGGAGCAGGAAAAUAACGAUGAGCAGGAGCAGAUAAGAAUAGCAAGGGCCUUUCUGAACUAUCGUGCAAGGGAAAAAAUGGAAAUGGCUACCCCUAACAGAGUCCCCAUACCGUUUCAGAAAAAAGGAGCAGAUAAGAAUAGCAAGGGCGGCAAGAUGCUAAUUCUUCGCUGGAGCAGGAAAAUAUUGAUGAGCAGGAGCAGAUAA